AGGCGCAGAUCGAUGGGUUUAGGUUCUACCGUUCCCGGGGCUCGGCGUGGCGCUGGGUACGUCGCGCUGCGGGCGUCCUUUGCGGCAGGCCGUCGUGUCGCGGCCAGAUCAUCCAGUUGAGGCGGCCGGCGAGGAGACAAGGGUAUCGCAGCGGGACGCCAUGCCUUUCUUUGAUGUACAGAAAAAGCUGGGCAUUAACUUGGAUCAUUGGAUGACAAUCCAAAGUGCUGAGCAGCCUCACAAAAUUCCAGGUCGAUGCCAUGCUUUUGAAAAAGAAUGGAUAGAAUGUGCACAUGGGAUCGGUGGUAUCCGCGCAGAGAAAGAGUGCAAGUUAGAAUUAGAAGAUUUUACAGAAUGUCUGCUUCGGCAGAAAACGAUGAAACGUCUGCGUGCCAUCAGAAAUCAGCGGGAUAAGUUAAUAAAAGAAGGGAAGUACAUGCCUCCCCCUCACCACUUGGGCAAGGAAGAUCCUAGGCCCUGAGCAUAGCCACUACUGAUGGCUGGAGGCUGAUUUCCAUGUUCUGUCUUCUCCACUGGAAAGUUUACCUGCUGAAAACCUCUGUGUCUGAAAGUGUCUAAAAAUAAAGGCUUGCUCCAUCCUGUA